AAUACUAAGAGAGAGAGAGUUGCCUUAUCUCCAUUCCUUUGCUUGCCUUUAUAAUAUAUAUUUCUUUCAUCUACGAAAGUCUUCUAAGCUCAAACUCGCAGAAAUAGCUGGUAUUUUCUUAAGCACACCCACCAUGAUUUCUCCUCUUGCUAUUGUUUUUGGCUUUUCAACGUUGUUAUUCAUAACAUGUUGAAGCCUUGGUGCAACUUCUCUUCGAGACUCACCAAUCAAUAUAUAUACCGAGAAACCACUCAUCCCAAUUUCUUGAAAUUGAUCACAAAUUCUUCUCGAUAGAUAGAUGCCUAUAGUUGGAGUCAUCUAGACUCUCUACCUAGGUUAGGGUUUUAAUUAAGCCCAUUUUUUUUGGUGAUUUUCCUGAUCUGGGUUUUGGAGAAAAUGGACGACUACGAUCAUCUCAACGAGAACAACACUCAAAGGGGGAAUUUGAAUUUCUUGUAUGCAACACCAGUACUUGCACCGCAUCACAAUUCAUCAGCGUACGGCAGAGCCAGCAGUGGAUCUAAUGUCAGCAAUAAUAAUACCCAGAUGCCUAUAACUUCCUUUCAUCUUCAAUCAAGUGAGUUUUAUACCGACGGGAAUAAUAACAAUCCAGCGGUGGCGGUGAAGACUGAAGCCAGCACUUCACAGCAGGCCCAGAAGUUCCAUAAUUACAAUAUACUCAGAGGGAUAAGUCAACCAGUCCAUCACCAACAACAGCAGCAAGGGAGUCAUGAAAGCUCGAGCCAUGAAGUUGAAGCCAUCAAAGCUAAAAUCAUUCAACACCCUCAGUACUCCAACCUCCUAGAAGCUUACAUGGAUUGCCAAAAGGUAGGCGCGCCGCCUGAGAUAGUGGCUCGGCUAUCCGCCGCUCGUCAAGAGUUCGAGGCGAGACAGCGAUCUUCGGUCAAUUCCAGGGAUUCUUCGAGAGACCCAGAACUCGAUCAGUUCAUGGAGGCUUAUUAUGACAUGCUGGUGAAGUACAGGGAGGAACUUACAAGACCGUUACAAGAAGCAACGGAUUUCAUGCGAAGAAUCGAGACCCAGUUGAAUAUGCUCGGCAGCGGACCCGUUCAGAUCUUCAAUUCUGAUGAUAAGUGUGAGGGUGUUGGUUCAUCUGAUGAGGAUCAAGAGAAUAGUGGAGGAGAAACAGAACUGCCGGAGAUCGAUCCACGCGCCGAGGAUCGACAACUGAAGAAUCACUUGCUAAGGAAGUACAGUGGCUACUUAAGUAGCCUAAAGCAAGAGCUUUCCAAGAAAAAGAAGAAAGGGAAACUUCCCAAGGAAGCUAGGCAGAAGCUAUUAGCCUGGUGGGAAUUACACUACAAAUGGCCGUAUCCCUCGGAAUCGGAGAAGGUGGCAUUGGCUGAAUCAACAGGGUUGGACCAGAAACAAAUAAACAAUUGGUUCAUAAAUCAAAGGAAAAGGCACUGGAAACCUUCGGAAGAUAUGCAAUUCAUGGUGAUGGAUGGGCUACAUCCCCAGAAUGCAGCACUCUACAUGGAUGGUCAUUACAUGGGCGACGGCCCUUAUCGUCUAGGGCCAUGAACAGCUUGCAACUGCACACCGGAGUGUCAAGCCUAGUUUGUACACUAUUACUCAAGCCAAAUCCCAGAUGAUGAUGAUGAAAUUUCCCUAAUAUAUCUUGAUAAUUUUUGUAUCACAAGCUAGAGUCAUUACCAUAAUAUGGUCAUUUGGAGGAACUUGUUGUGCUCAAUUGAUUCUGCAUCUUUUUGUUUGUUUUGGUGGGAGGAUUCUGGUGUUGUUUGGAAGUAUAUAUGCGUAUAAGGAUGUACUAGCAGUAGUGAAUUUGUGUGCUAUUGAAGGUGUAUUUCUACACUAUAUGCAUGUCAUUAGGGCUACUUGCUAGAGCUGCCUUGUUAAGUGUAUAUAGUGAGGUUAAAGUAUGUAUUUAUAAGGUUGUACUACUUGUACUCUUGCUUAAUCUUCAAGUAUGUGGCUUGUCUUUGCACUCCCA